AUGACGAUGAUAUCCGAUCUUCCGCAGGAUUUGGAAGAGGAGAUACUCUCCAGGGUUCCAAUAACAUCUCUAAGAGCAGUGAGAUCCACUUGCAAACAUUGGAACGGUUUAUUCAAAGAUGGGAGCUUUAUAAAGAAUCAUCGUGGCAAGGAGUUCCUAGCGAUCAAGAGUAACGGUUCUCAGGUUUGUUUAAUGAGUAUCAAUCUCCAUCGAAACCAACCUAUAAAGCGAAUAGGUAAAACUAAACUAGAGUAUACGUCUAGAUUCAUUCACUGCAACGGCUUAUUGUUAUUCGUCACCGAGGAAGGCAACAUUACUAGGUUGGUGGUAUGGAACCCUUACUUAGGUCAAACCAGGCGGGUGGAACCAAGAAGGGUUUACGGCCAAAAGGAUGUGUAUGGUCUCGGAUACGACAACAACAACAACCACAAAAUCUUGAGGCUUGUCUAUCGUUUUGAGUACAAUGUAACGCAAGAACUCUAUGAUUUAAAGUCUAACUCAUGGAAAGUUCACCCAUCCCCUUCAGCUAUAGUGUAUCAGCCGUAUACUGGCAUUUCAGUGAAAGGAAGUUCUUACUUUUUGACCAAGGAAAAAGGAGAGGAAGUAGUAGGUAAUGCAUUUUUCUUACUUGGUUUCGAUUUUACAAGAGAGGCAUUUGGACCGCGUCUGGAACUGCCGUAUCUCUCUGAUGGCCGUGAAGAAUAUCCUAAAGUUCUAUCAGCUCUUAGAGAAGAGAAGCUUGUGGUAUUGCUCCGGCGGCGCGUCUAUACACUUGAGAUGGAGAUAUGGAUUACAGAUAGGGUUGAGCCCAAUGCGGUGUCGUGGAACAAGUUUUUAGCCGUGAAUAUGGCAACAAUCACUGGUUUUAAGUAUUUGGUUUACGCUCGGAGGGGUUUAUUCGUGGACGAGGAGAAGAAAGUGGUAGUGUUUUCUGAAAUGACCGCAUAUGGACCGCACAACAAGACCUUGAGCUGCAUCAUUCGGGAGGAUGGAUACUUGAAAAAAGUGGAUCUUGGAGAAGAAUGUAGCAGUCGUGGCCCUUUUGUCUGCUCUUAUUAUGCUCCAAGCUUGGUGCAAAUUUAA